UUUACAGGACCUGCUUUGUUGCUGCAGUGUUUGUUCUCUACUGCUGUGUUAACAGUUAUCUUUUCGGUGGUGGCCUCUCCCCACCCUUCCACACUGUGCAUGAAAUGUUCCUCAGCACAAACCCGUCCAGAGCCACCGUGGCACAGUACAGGCAAUGCUCCGUUCUUUACAGGACACUAUACAGACACCAGGAGUGGCCCAACAGCUGCCUCGCAACCAUGUUCCCACACAGCUUUGACUACAACCAGCCGAUGAGAAAGCGUUGAGAAGAAGGAGACAUGAUGGGACAGUUCCCAGAGGAUGUGGUGGGUGGCUCCACCACAGAGGAUCUGGAAUGCAAGAUCUGCUACUGUGCUUACAGCCUGUCAAGUCGACGGCCCAAGGUCCUCGAGUGCUGCCAUUGUCUUUGUGCCAAGUGCCUUGUCAAAAUCCUUGAUUUAGGUGAAUCCUCCCCGAACGCAGUGGUCUGUCCGUUCUGCCGCUACAUCACAGACCUUCCCAGAGAAGAUGUAGAGAGUCUACCAGAUGAGUAUAACUUGGUGUCUGCCUUGCUCUCCAUCCAGAAAAAGAAGCACCAGAACCUUAAUGACAACCAAGGGGAGAUUCUCCUCAGUCCCAGACACCUUAACUCUCUGGUGGGACAUUCGGCUUCAGCUUCUCCCACCUCGAUUCGUUCCAAUUAUGUGGUGAUCACCAUUAUGGAGCCUCGGCAGGAGUCUAUUAUUCCAGGUUCGGGUAGGGAUUACCGUUCUUCCAGUCAGGACUCCAUGGCCUCUGUUACCCAGAGAUGGACAGUUUGGAACUGUGCGGCCCUGCUGUGCCAGACUUUAGCACGCGUCCUGGUCUGGCUGCUGGGGCUGCUGUAUUUCAGCUCCCUGCCUUUAGGUGUAUAUAUGCUCAUCAUGCAGAACACCACGAUGGGGGUGUUGAUGGUCAGUCUGGUACCUGUUAGUCUUCUCAUUGUCAUGGUGUACGGCCUUUGCCAAUGCCUGUGCCGUGAGUUUUGGGACUGUGUACCAUAGUGACCAAAGUGUAACUGUUAUGUAUGGAUACAAUGAUUGGAUUUGCUAAUGGUCCUGCCAGUUUAUGGAAACUCGUACAUUUUCCAGUUUAUUGGAUAAACAAUGUACACUACUGAACUGAAAUACAAAAAAUAAAAGUAGACAUAUAUAAUUUAGUAUGCUAUCAUAAAAAUUCUAAUCAUGUUAGAAUACUUAAAAUGUAUUCUC